AUGGAAGUCGUACGCAAGCGUCAGAAGCGCCAGAAGCCCGUUGCAGUUAAGCAUGAGGAAGAGGACACGAAUGCGAUAUGGCGUCGCAGUGACAUAGAGGAGAAGACUAUAGUGGAAGAAAGAAUGACUGAGCUGGAUACCAAUAAGGAGCUAAACGAAUUGGAAGAGCAGCUCCACUGCAAUGAGGAGGAUGUGACGACGUUGUUGGUACCGGACGGAGAGGUGGCAAGCAAACAGGAGCUCGGUAUAGCCAUAGAAGGGGCAGACUUGCGACGUGUGCAAGUGUACAAUAAGGAAGAAGAUUGUGGGGAGAAUGAAAAGAUUCCACAAGGACAGGACAUCGUUUGCGAAAAGAUAAUGAAGACAGUGAAGACUUCGGACCGCAAAAGUAUUGGUUCACGUGUGAUCGGGAUGGAAAGUGGAUGCAUUUGUGCGCCUUCAGCUCCAACUUUCGAAGUAGGUAUACCCGAUCCUUUGGACAUUCCAGCAAUGUCUUCACUUCCAAAUCAGGCAGUCCAAUCGUCCCCGCCUCCGAUUCGGACGUCGGCGCCACGUGCUUUUCAUGAGAUUACAUUAGUUGUUAGUGUCGAUCCAGAACAGGUACCUGCGGCCCCUUCAGAACUUGGCGAUGAUGACGUGGCUGAGUGUUUGAGCACGACUCCGUCGGCACCAUUGUUUUCUCCUACGAUGUCGAAGAAGCUGCAUCGCGACAUCGUAUCAUCGCAAAGCUCGGAGAAGCUGAGUCCGACCGUAAGAUCGCCACCGAAGUCAGUAGCAGCAGCAUCGGUGGAAGAUGCGAGCGUGAAGGUGCGAGAUUCCUUAGCAAAAUCGUUUCAGGCCGCAAAACAAGCUGGAAUACGUGGCAUUUAUCCGCCAAUGCCUCGACAAGCCAUAAAAUCAACGACACUAGCAGCAGAAGAAGAUAGGGGUGAUACCCACGCAAGUUACCAGCAGCUCCUUAAGAAAUCGCAUGUCCAUGUGAAGCUGGAUCCAUUCACAAGUUACGAGACGAACCUUAUGCGAGCCGAGGUGUCCCAGAAGCGUCAAGAACUGAAAAUGCGUCACAUUGAGACCGUAAAAGGAGAAUUGUACACUCGGGUUGAGUGCUAUCUGUACUCGGAGUACAUAGUGCACGACGCCGCUUCGACGAUGAGCGAGGACAAAGAGAAGAUUGAUCUGUUGAUUAAGAAAGUGUGGACUUUGGAAAGAAAGCGCGUUUCUUCGUCACAGCGCUGCGGUGACAGCGUGGAGAUUGAGCAGCAAAUGGAGUUUCAAGCUGCAAAGUUGGAGACGGCUCAGCUGGAGAAGCUGAGAUCUCAUCUUGAUGAGAUUCGUCAGCAACGAACGACCAAGGCGUCAAUGCAUACCUUUGAUCGCGCAACUUCUUAUCUUCGUGUUGAGCAAUACCUGAAUAGCGUGUUGCAAGAGCCGGAUCUGGUAAUGUAUCUUAACAAAACGAUUUCAUCUUCUGGAGAUAUCAGUAAUAUCGAUGCUAUCCCGGAGAGUGCAAACUUUCACGAGACUUUGCCGGAGGGCUCGUCGCUUGCCUCGUCGGUGGAUCAUCUCAAGUAUUGUAUUGAUGUGCUGAUUUAUUUUGAGAAAAAAGUGACGCUAGAGGAAAAAGGCGCGUUCGGGCGCGUGCCACGGUCAUUCCAUCGCGGUGAGCUAAUCUGGGAUAGCAGCAACACAACGAUAAGGGGCAGCGCCGCGGGUGGUACUGGUGUGGAGUGCAAGAUCAAGUGCUACGCGUGUGGCAGUGUGAACAUACCAAUGAAAUCUAGCCAGUGGUGCAAUUCGUGUGAUAUGUGUGAUAUGCUGCUGUAUCUCCCACCGUCAUCCGUAUCAACGACAACGAACGAGUGGUUUCAAAGCGUAUUACGGUUUCGUCAGUCGCUGCAGAAGUGGAUUACAGUAUGUGUGCAAACUCUUAUGCGCACAAAAUCUCUUUUAAAUACGCCAUAUCUGUUAAUGCAUGCGAUGUACUUGCCUCGUGUUUCAACCGAAGAACGGUCGUGGUUCUUACGAUUCUUGCACUUCCCGCGGGCCAUAGUGCGAACUGAUGGAUCGUUAAGGAAUGAGUGGAGUGAAGAUCUGGUGGACCACUAUAUUGCGAUGAUACAUCUGGUGUUCCAUCCUGAGAAGUUGCGGAAAAUGUCGGUAGUUGUGUCCAGCGGGCCUUCCAGCGGUACAACGUUUGCAAAGAGUGCCAACGUCGGCGCACCUGAUCAAAAAGGACUUGUUUCUUCCGAAUGGGUCUUGUUGCAGAAUCCGGAAAUGUUGGAUCGAUAUUACCUCUCGGACGAAGAUUUUGUCGCUGUUCUGAACCAAUUUCCAAACACGUUUGCGUUUGAGCAGUUAUUUAGCUGCACCACAGACGUGAAAAAGUGUUUUAGUCGAGCUUUGACGCUGGUGUUGGAAUUUACUCAUGGUUUCCAAGUAUUUCAAGAGUUCGAAAAGUUGCCGACGCGAAUUGCACAGCUACUUGGGCAACUACUUCUUGGUGCGGCGGAGCUUCCUGGGUCAGGCUGUACAGAGAACUCCGACAUGAAAGACACUAUCUACUAUCCGACACUCUUUGACCAGCUGUUUCUUUCCAGUUUGUGUGGUUUGAUGACAGCUGAUUGUAAUCGCGUGGCUUGGAAGGGUAUGUGCUUGUAUCCUUAUCGAUCAUUGUCAGUGCUGGCGAAGUGGGAUGCGCUGGCGUUGCUUCUAUUUAAUCUCCAAAGCAUACCGACAGAGGCGAAAACGGCUUCUGGGUGGAUGCAGUUUAUUGGUGCAUCCAACGUUCAGGAAGUCGAUAUUCGAGCUCCGGCACGUCAACGCCUAUACAAUCUUAUUCAUUUGGAUACGGAGAGCGCGGUAUAUGUGCUAAAUGCGGUUGCUAGUCUUGCGGCAUCGUGUCAGCCCACUACAUGUGCUAACGACAAUCGAUUAGGCGAGCAGCACGAUUUGAUAUAUGUCGCAGUGUACGAGUUAUUUAUUGCAGGAUACACUGUUGAAUAUUGUUGGCAUGCGCUUGGCGAAAAUGGUGAGCGAGCAGCGGUCCCGUUGAGUACCAUUUGUUUGUCACACACGUGGGUGCUUUCGCAUCUCAUUAUGCUGGUUUUUAAGUAUCAUCAAUGCGCGGCAACGUGGAUUAACGUGUUUGAGACGUUUCCAAUAAAUCGUUGGGUGCCGACAGCUGAAGAUUUGCUGAAUAUAGAAAAAUGGCUACAGCUUGAAGAUAUAACGGCCCCACGCAGUGCGCUGGCUCGUUUUCUUCUUGACCGUAUCAAUUGGGAGUACGACGUCAAGCUGCAACGGUUGUUUACAAACGCUAUGCUCCAUCGACAAGCAGCUCUCAUGGUUUCUGAAGCAUUAGUUGUCUACAAGAAGCGACAGGGACGUGCAGGUGAUUUUGAUGCCCCUACUGUAUCGCCUGGAGGGGGGCCGCUUCAAAAGCUGGAGGUUGCUUCGAUUGCCGAAUCCAUUCGGCGCGCCUUAUGGCUAGACAAAACGGUAGAUUUCGAGAAAUGGUGCUGGAAACUUAUGCUCAAGUUGAAAUUUCAUUCAUUAGAGACGCACGAGCCACUGCUACCGCUUAUCAACCUUCGCCACGAUCGAUCUCGCGAGGCGUUGACUUUGCGCAGGUGGUUUGCUGAAGCAUCCAUGUUGCCUUUUCGCAAUGUAUUUCCAUUUUAUACCUCGCUAGAGGAGCAAUUAUGGCAAAUUUAUGGGCACGCCGGCAACGAUGGAAGUAGCAAGAUGGAUGCCGAGAUUGGAGGAGGCUCUGGCGCUCCUAUUGAACAAAAUUGUCGAAUGAUUUUAACACCUCAAAACCAUGAAGGCUUGAGCAGAGCUGAUAUCGUCUCAACAACCACAGCCACCGCAGCACCACAGAUGGAGCCCAUUGUAGCCUACGUCAUUUGCCAGAUGACAACGUAUGUGUUUAGUGACCGCCUCGAUCGCUGGGAGCCCCUGCUUGUACUGCUAAAAAACAGCCUUUUCUUGGCAGCUAUUAGUGUGCUCGAAAACUUGUUGCCUCUACUAGCACGAUUGGACAAGAAUCGACACUGCCUAUUGAAACCUGUGCCAGCGUCGGUGCUUCAGAGUGAGGACGAAUCCAAGACGUCAGUCAGACGUAUAAAAUAUGCAGGUUCACCGAUCGACGACGUGCGAAGCGGUGGUGUGAUGGACGGAGACAAUAAUGAGCUUGAAGUUUGCAUGGCCGCAAUGCAAGCUAUGUCCACUGAUGAACUGCUGAACCUGUUAAACUCACUGCACGAGUUCUCGUACAUCAAUACUCAUGAGCUCCAUUGCAUGCAAGAAGUUCUGAACAAGGGUUACAUCGGCGGGUGGGAAAGAACAGCAAAAGAGCGGGUUCUAGUAAAGCUGCGGUUUGUACGUAACUGCAGUCAUUUUUUGCACCCCAUUGUGCUACCUGCGCUCAUUAACGAGUGUUUUCCUGAAUCAAGCACCAUGUUGGGCACAACUUCAGCUCUAUUUCAUGGGGCAAUGUCGUGGAUCGCCUCAGCACUAGGGACUGAACAUAGCACAGGGGAUUCACCAUCAAUGGUAGCAUCGUCGACUUGUGCUGCUCUAUCCAUUCGAAACUCAUCGUUAACUGCUACGACUACUUCACACCCAAUUUCCACGAGAAACGGAUUCCCGAAAUCGACGAAAUUGUUGUGCGCGAUGAUCAGACGAUCCUUUGAAUAUUCAACGAACGACGUGCUACUUGCAGAGUCAAUGUGCUUUUUGGUGAAGUCUUUAUUGCACGUUCCGUUUUGGUAUGACAAUGGCGCGUUCCGACACGUCCUGGAUGACAUGUUGCACUGCAGUAUGGAAGUUUACUGUGUCGCAAAAGGUGCAGAGAACAAUCACGCAGUCACAGAUUUAUCGUCCGUUGUAAUGUACGAACUGGUCGAUUUACUUGAGGCUGCUUUUGACUCCUUUUGUCAAAGCUUUGAAAGGAGAGAAGAAAAGACGAGGCAGACCGAGCUCCAGUUUUUCGAUGACGAUCCGGUUGUUGUGAUGAGUUUCCUUCCUUCAGUCACCGCCUCUGCAAUGUUUGCCUCAAUGCUUGGGGGUUCAUUUGAUGUGGCGCAAUGCGUGAGUGGAUGUCCGUAUUUGGCUCUGUGGAGUUUACUUGUCGAAACUCGAAAGGAGGUUCCGCUGUUUUUGGCAAUGGGGCAGCUUAUGAUAAAAUUCGAGCCUAAGACUAAGACGAAGUUGGAAAAAAUGAAAAAAAAUGAAGGAAUGCUAGCUACUGCGCUUGAUGCAAUAGGAAAGGAUGCGUGUAUCGAUGAGGAGGCAGCGAGCUGUACGUCUCAUUUCGGCAGUCCGUGUGCAUUUGGUCAUACUAGCCUUGAUUGUCUAUCGCAGUACAAGAUAUACCGCUGGUGCAACUACUGCUUGGAUCUGUCCGAGUCCGAGCCGACGCAAAUUAUAUACUGGCAGGUAUUUUUUGCGCUGUACUUUGCAGCUGCUGACGGAUCUCGUGUCUUUGGGCACCAUUUUCUAGAUCAAUCAAGUACGUCUAACACAAAGGGUAUGUCCUUGCGAAAGCGUCUUCAGAUUAAAUUACAAAUGCUCGUAAACUACUACUCUAGUCAAGCACAGGUUGUGUUAACUGCGACAAGUGGUUCGGGUAGACGGACAUCAAACGGUGCGAAUUUGGCGACGGAUUUGAAAGAGCGGCGAUAUGCUCACCUUGUGGCACUUUCCCAGAUAUACGCUGCUAUGGGCGCUUGGGUCGAAGGAGAGGAUCCAAAUCAGUGGCUGAAAGAAGAUGAAUUAUCGGCUUUGCCGCCUCACUACGAGGUUGACCGACUCGAAGACGUUUUGCGCCUCAGCGAUCGGUUGCUUAACUCAGAUUCGGGCAAGAUGAAAUGGUCUGACUUACCUUUGUGGAUAAGUUGGUGUGGCUUUGAGUUCACUGUUAGACGAAGUACUUUUACCGUGGCCGUGGACGAUAAAUACGAUAGCAGUGCCCGUUGUUCGGGGCUACCCACUUCUCCACCAUUCGCCGCAUUUGGCGAAGAAGACGGUUUCGCGUUUGUGGAAGAAACGUCGGAGCUAGCACGACGGCGUGGUACCUUCGAAGGGCAUGCUGGACCAAAUGGUCUCGAUAUCCGACCCUUGUCUAUAAUACCAGGUCCCUCUGGCCUAACUUUAUUGCCAAUAGUGUCAGUUGUGAUGUUACCAGAUCGGUGUGUCGUGACACAAUCAGAUUCAAUCGAUAAAGCUGGCCUAAACGCUGUGGCCACGAAAUACUCGGAGAAUUUGUCCGUUCUUGUGACGCUUGAUGCUGAAAUGAUGGAGAGCGUAGCUCAACUUUAUGUUUGUAAAGCAAGAGCAGUCACGCAAUGUCUACCAUGCCCAGAAGGCUCAAAUUGUAGCAGUCCUGCUGUAUGUCGAUUUGAGUUUAUAGAAUGGGCGAUCAACUCACGAGCAGACGACGCCAUAAAAUCAAUUCGUGCCCAGGGUGAGCGGUGUGACAUGCAAUCUAUGGUGAUAACAAGCGAAACACCAUUGCUGAAGGAAUACGAUGGCCAAACUCAUGAGGAAGGUAGCACGGAUAUCACGUUGAGAACGUCUGUGUCAGCUGAACAAUUCCUCCAGCUUGAUGAAAGUGAAUUUAUGCUAUCUCUUCAGAUUUUGCUCAUUGAUGAAGUCGUGCGUACGCUUGUUGUGGAACGCGAUAAGCUUUUACGGUUGAAACGAACAUUGAGGAAUGAAGCGUCAACAAAUGCGACAGCGCCCGAUGAUGUGUUAGAGGGUAGCGAGGUAGGGGACGUUGCUGUGGUGAGCAGUACUGCUGACGGCGGCGUCCUGUCACCUCUCCAGCAUAUAGAGCGAGAUUUUGACCGUCUGCAUGAAAAAGGCCUUGAGUGGUUUCGCCUUUUUACCGAGCUCGAUACAAAGCUGUUACGAAUGUUGCCACCGUUGCGCGAAGCGCUCUGGCGAUCUAUCAAGCAGCUGGGAUUACACUUUGUCUGUGUUGACGAGCGCGAGACGUGCACACUUCUUCAACUGAUGCUAGAAGAUCCGUCCCGUAUCACACUUCUCAGUGGGUGUUUCUUUCCGGCGGCGUUGCCGCUGCGUUUUGCUGAAAUGUUUGCAAAGUUGAUGAGUGCAAGCAGCUCGUCUAAACUUUCAAGCGAAGAGAAGCUCAUUGUCCUGCACCGCUUCGAUUUUCGAGCUUGGUUGAACGCUAGAAACCAACAGUCACCCACCAAAUUUGAUCGCGAUACUGUUUUGUGCAUGAUUCUGGGAGAUGUCGGUCACCACUUUCCUGCAGAUCGCAAGUUGGAUGGUCCUGCCUUAGAAAUCCAGGGCGCCAAUGGAUGUGCUCAACCGGAUGACAUGCUACGUUUGUACGCUGAGGUGCUUCAGCUGUUGUGUUCUACUUACUUGGAAGACCACAUUGAGAAAAUAGUGCGUGCUCUGGUCGGAGUCCACCAUGACUACCGACAUCAGCCGUCAUUUGUAGACAGCACCUCACCUGUUAGUUUUGUUGACUGCACGGGAAGCUCUAUGGCUUCGGCUUUACCGCGGCCAAUGGAUUUUUCAGUGUGGGAGGCAUUGAUUGGUGUUCCACUAGCUCGUUGGAAAAAGCUUUCGUUGGUGAACAUCAGGGCUUGCGUAACGUUCCUUAGCGAGCACAUGACAUCGCUGAGGUGUCAAGGUGGUUUGCCUUGUGUCUCAAAUGGUGGAGCUAGUGAAAACGUUGUACGUGGCAAUAGGUUGACAAACGUGGUGUCGACUGCUUCGAUGAAGUAUCCCAUUGUGUAUUGGCAGCGGCUUGGGAUUCUGAGAGGACUCCUGGAUUUGUUUGCGCUGUGCUGUCGUGCUGCCCCAGAUGAGCACCAGUGGGAACUUAUCACUGCGUUUUUCGAACCGUUGCUCUCAACAUUAUACCAGCCUGCAACAAACCAAAAAGGUUCCGGGAUAAGUGCACCAUGGUCCGAAGGAGACACCCUUUCUACAGGUUCUACCGUUUGCUCUUGCUUCGUGGCUAUAUGCGCCGAGUACCUGAAAAUGCAGUCUGCAGCGGGUCCGACACGUGAUGUUAACCAGCACUCAACGACACAAUCAGUGAAGCUGUCACAAAUUUGGUCCUUCUACCUUUUGGCUCUUGUUCCGCGCGCGCCUGCUUACAUUUGCAAGUGCUUUUAUCAGUUCCUGACGCGGCUGGCAUGGGAGCACUGGUGUUUGACUUUGGAUACCGUGCAGCAAAUGCGCAAACUCAUUCAGACAGAAAAGCAGCACCUCACGGGAGUAGUGGGUGUGCCCACCGCGCAAUUGGUUUCUACUCUGCACUCUACAUCGUCAUCAUAUCCGUAUGUGUCAUGGUUAGUGCGCGACGUAUUAUGCCGAACGACAUGGAGAUCAACCAAUUCUUGGCUGGAAGCACAAAGUGAGGCGGUGCGCUCGUCUUUCCUGCUGGAAUUCGCGAAGUUGUGCCUUGAACUGGCCCUAGACUUAAUGCACUUACGCUUUAAGUCUGGUCACACAGUGUCUACGAAUGUUCUUCCACCUUACUUUGUUAAUUUCAUAAAGCAGCAAUCAGCGAUGUGGACAAAUUGGAGGUUGACGAUAGAUGAUUUGAAAAUGCUACUGCAGUUCACGUCGGAUGCGGUCAUGGAGCCGCUCACAAGUCAAGUGGACACGAAAACUUUGACAGUAAGUGGGUCUAAUUUGCCAGUACCAAACAUAGCGUUGAUGCAGGACGCGUUCGCAAGACUGCAACUUGUCCUGCGGCUUCUUGGCCAGAUAACUACACUACACCAUGGCAAACUUUCCACUCCGGAAAGCUUGCAGCGGGUCAACCUGUUUUUAAAUUUCGUCUUCAAUGUGUUUGAAGUAAACGAUCGUGGUUCGUUGAGCAAUAACGCCCACACAUGCGAGUAUGGUGCGUGGUUAAUGGUAUUGUAUGGUUCCAGCUGCGCAUCUCUGUACGAGAAACUGGAUGAGAUUGUACACUAUUACAAAGUCAGAGCCAGCGAUAAGGCCGACGUGAGCGAGAAUGGUAUUUCCGAGGAAGAUUUGGCGGCCACGAUAUCAUGUGUCCUGCGAUUUUACAAUCUUUCAAUAGUGGAGGUGUUCUUUAACACGGUGCAAGACGAAGGAGGGUUAAUCUGUGGUGGAGAAAGCUCUGCAUCAUCAUUAUCAGGGUCUAACUGGAACAAGUGUGGCAAUGUGGUGCUUCUUGUAAUUGAUGCCCUUGUACGUGAUUUUGCGUCCCGACAAAAGGCGUUGGAAGAGUGUGAGCAUGAUCCAUCGGUUCAUGCUUGUAAAGACAAGUCUGCAAACCAUACGGGUAUCUCUGCGACAGAGAUACCAGCAAAAAUGAUUGGGAUGCCCCUAGGAAAAGUACUGUGGGCUUUCCUGGCCUUUCGGGGUGGAGAGCUGGCCUGCAUGAGUGCCUGUGGGCGUACGUUAGCUUCUGUUCACGUGAUGAGUCAGGCAACAGAGAAAUGCAUUGAGAAGUGGGUCAUUGAGGAGCGUCGAGGGAUGUGGGAUGCGUUGGCGUUGCGGUUGCACGUGCCGGAGUUAAGUGGCGAUGAGUUUGAGGCAGCGUGUUUGGAGCAAGGGAAGCUGCUCACCCUAUUGGUCCUCUUCCUGCAGCAGGUGCGUCGCGCUCCAGUGUUGACAGAGUCAUUGAGUGUGGCGCUACUGACGAAAUUGAUGGGAUGGAUGGAGCGUAUUCGGGUUGGCACAACUGCGCUGUCUCAAAUGAAGUUGCUGUUUUUGGCUGCGGAGGUGACAAACUUUGUGUGCAAACCACUCGCCGAGGCGCUACCUUCAAUGCUGAAGAAACAGCUGCUUCGGCAACUGUGCGAUCUAUUGCUGGAAUUGGGCCAUGCGCGCCGUAACAACGGAUUGAUGAAAGCAAUUGGCCUCGGUGGCCCUUUGCAGUAUGGUUUCGAGUUCCACGUCUCCUGUUUGGCGGCAGGCGUAUUUCUGCGGCUGCAGACACGCCAUGGUGCGCCAUUACGAGUGGAUGAUCGUAUUUCAUUCAAGAUGACUCGUACCACGGAGAAGCACUUGCGUUUUCUGGAGACACUGCUACAGAGCAAAGAUGCCCGCCGACUCGGUGGGCGUGCUGAUGCCUUACUGGAUUUUUCUCGCGAUCCACGCCGAAGUCUUGCAGACCAGGACGAAUUCUUCGUGUCGCUUUUUUCGGGUAUGUAUCCUGCUCAAGGAUGGCUACUUGCAAAAUGCCUGUCUUGA